AUGAGUGGAGGAAAUAUCAAAGUCGUUGUACGGUGUCGUCCCCUGAACUCGAGAGAAUUGGCACGAGGAGCGACAUGUUUGAUUCGUAUGGAAGGCGACCAAACGGUGCUUAGUCGACCACCCGAUAGUAAGACCGGCAAGGACUCUGAGGAUAUCAAGGCCUUCACAUUUGACAAGUCAUAUUGGUCCGCCGACAAGAAUGCACCCAACUAUGCCGACCAGCAAACAGUGUAUAACGAUCUUGGCGAAGAGCUACUCAAUCAUGCCUUUGAUGGAUAUAAUUGCUGUAUCUUUGCUUAUGGUCAAACCGGCUCCGGCAAGUCUUAUUCGAUGAUGGGUUAUGGUGAAGAUCAUGGUAUCAUUCCUCGCACAUGCUCAGAGCUCUUUGAACGUAUCAACCGCAACGACGAUCCCAACUUGACCUAUCGUGUGGAGGUGACCUACAUUGAGAUCUACAAUGAAAAGGUGCGAGAUCUAUUGAAUCCAAAGAACAAGGGCAAUCUCAAGGUGCGAGAACAUCCAAGUACGGGUCCUUAUGUCGAAGAUCUUUCACGUGCAGCAGUCAAAUCGUUUAAUGAUAUCAAUAAUCUCAUGGAUGAUGGCAACAAGGCUAGAACUGUGGCUGCUACCAACAUGAAUGAAACAUCUUCAAGAUCACAUGCUGUGUUUACUUUGUUCCUGACACAGAAACGCCACGACGAGAUAACCAAUCUUGAUACCGAAAAAGUGGCUAGAAUCAGUCUAGUGGAUUUGGCAGGAAGUGAACGUGCCAACAGCACAGGUGCAACGGGUGCUCGACUCAAAGAAGGCGCCAAUAUCAAUCGAUCACUUACGACCUUGGGCAAAGUCAUUGCAGGUCUGGCAGAGCAAUCCUUGAAUGAAGGCAAAAAGAAAAAGUCAAAGGAUGUCUUUAUUCCUUAUCGAGAUUCGGUUCUCACUUGGCUUCUCAAAGAUUCUUUGGGUGGCAAUUCCAAGACGGCCAUGAUUGCUGCCAUUUCACCUGCCGACUAUGAUGAAACACUCAGCACAUUGCGUUAUGCCGAUCAAGCCAAAAAGAUCAAGAACAAGGCUGUGGUGAAUGAAGAUGCCAAUGCAAAGAUGAUUCGUGAGCUCAAGGAGGAAUUGGAGAUGCUACGUGAUCGAUUACGCACCUAUGCACCUGAGGAAGUUGAGCAACUUACAGCCAACAGUGUAUACAAAAGCAACAGCACCAAACUCGCAAAGAAACGGCAUUCAGUUCCAGCACCACCCACACAACCUGCCGCUCAAAUGAAACCUACCAGCAGCGAGUUUGAAAUUGUGGUGGAUAGCCAAGGUGUGAAAAAGAAGAUGACCAAGCAGGAGAUUAUCGAUCAGCUACAGAGCUCAGAAAAGUUGCUGGCCAACCUAAACGAGACGUGGGAGGACAAAUUGGAGAAGACCAAAGCGAUUCAUUUGGAACGAGAAAAGGCAUUGGAAGAGUUGGGCAUUUCGGUGCAUAAAGACAAUGUGGGCGUGUAUGCACCUAAAAAGAUGCCUCAUUUGGUGAAUCUCAACGAAGACCCGCUCAUGUCCGAAUGUCUCAUGUAUCAGCUCAAACUCGGCAUUACCAAAGUCGGCAGAGAAGACAGCGAGCAGCAGCCUGAUAUUCGCCUUUCGGGAUCCAACAUCCUAAACGAGCAUUGCUCAUUUGAGAAUAACAAUGGUGUGGUGUCCAUUCAUCCACAUGGUGAUUCGGUGACCAUGGUGAACGGUGUACGUAUUUCAGAGCCCCGUCGAUUGAAAAGUGGUUAUCGUAUUAUUCUUGGUGAUUAUCACAUUUUUCGAUUCAACAAUCCUGAGGAGGUGCGUCGUGAACGAGGUUUAGCCAAGACGGCUGUUGAGAAUGCUAUGAGCAGUAAUGGCAAUCCAUCAGCGACUACAACGGCAGGCGACGAUGAUGAACAACGACCCGAGUCUCCUACUGAAAGCAGCAGCAUGAUUGGAUCAGAGAUUAUUGAUUGGAAUUAUGCAAGGCGUGAAGCAGUGCUAAAGUAUUAUGCCAACGAACGCAAUUUUGGUGAUAUGAAGGAUGAGGAUUUGGAAAAGCUCUAUGACGACAUUACUCGUAUACGCAACUCACGUCGAUCAAGAUCGGGAAGCAGGUCCGAAAUCGGUGAUCUUAUUGCUGAUGAUGAAUCUACCACGCGUGGGAGUAGGAGUGUACGCGAUUCAGCUGCCAUGACCGUUGUAGGCGAUGGCUCAGAAAGCGUGCUUACGGAUGCAACAUGUGUCACCAAUGGAUAUGACAAGUAUCGUGCAGAAACAGAGAAAUUGCAAAAGGAAUUGCAUGAUCAAAAGCGAAGAUACGAAGCUCGUCUAAGUCGCAUGUCACGUCAAUUUUCACAACAACAAAUCACCACUGGAUAUACAGAGGAGCAAUUGGCACUUAUUCAUAAGGUGGUGGCUCGAUGGAAGAAAUUACGUCAUGUGACCAUGGCCGAAGUGGUGUUGACCAAUGCCGUCCUACUCAAAGAAGCCAACAUUAUAUCUCGAGAACUCAACAAGGAUGUCUUGUACCAGUUUGCGAUCAUAGAGGAUGGCCAAUUUUCCAAUCCAAUGUCUUAUUGGGAAACAACAUCGGCUUUACAUCAAUUCGAGACGGAUGAAGAUACGACCUUGAUAUCAACACCAAAACCUUGCAUUGGGGUACGCGUCAUUGAUCGCAAACACCAAGUCAUUUAUGUAUGGUCAUUGGAACGACUCAAGUUGAGGCUUCACAAGAUGCGUAAUCUAUACAACUUUAUUGAUCGACCCAUGUAUCGCAGCCAUUUUAAUUGGGAGGAUCCCUUUUUCGAGAAUCCAUGUCCUCGUUAUACAUUUGUUGGAAGCGCGGCAACAGCUAUUCGUAAUCUCGCCUAUCGACAACCCUACGAGAGCAAUGUGGAGGUGAUUUGUCGAUCCACAGGUCAAAUCAAAGGAAAGCUUCGUGUAUUGAUUCAGCCCAAAGCACUUUCGGUGGCCAUCCCCAAAAGUCGACCUGAUGAUGAAUUACUGGAAAAUGGUGGCGAAGGUGAUGAUGACACUAUGGUUCAUGUGGGCCAGCAAAUGCUUUUUGAGGUGCAAUUAUUGGAAUUGGCUGGAUUGAUUGACGCUGAUUACAAUGAGGUGCAUGUACAAUUUCGGUUGUCGUCCUUUGGUGGUAUCUCAGCCCAUUCAACGGCAGAAAAGGUAUUCGCCACCGAGCCUAUUAGCGACUUUGAAAAUGGGCCCAUUCCUCUCAAUUACAGCCAAAACUUAUCGAUUGUGGUGACACACAAUGUGAUGGAUGUCAUGUUGCAUGGCAUGAUUUCGUUUGAAGUCUAUGGUCUUGCGCAAACAAGGGUCUUGUCACAAUACGAGCGAUGGGAUGAUCAACGUGAGAAGCCACGACUAGCCGACCUUUUAGCAGCGAAUCGAUUCACGAAUUUAUCACCCUCUUCUUCUUCUUCCCAUCACUAUGGCAACCACCAUCAGAAUCAUAACAUGCAUAAUGAUGACGCCACCAAUUUGGAACGACGACCUGAAGAAGAGCUCUUAUCAGCUGAACGACAUGAUGUGGUGGCAUGGGUACAAGUAUGUGAGCUUGCUCCCAAUGGCGAGUAUUUACCGGUUCCUGUCACGGCACAAAAUGCAUUGGAUCGAGGUGUAUUUACAUUACGACAAGGUCUGCAACGGCGUAUAUGUAUUGUGUUGUCACAUACAUCAGGACAUCAAUUUGAAUGGAGUCGUGUUGUCAAGGCAUCCAUUGGCCGAGUGCGAUUACUUGAUCCCAAAGGUCGCAUCAUUGAUUCACCUACACAUGACGAUGUAGCCAUCAAGCUUUUAUCAUCACAGCAACACGUGGUGUACAACAAUGAUGGCACCAGCCAAUUGGUGGCCCAAGGAGCAUGGGAUAGUUCACAGCAUGAAUGUUUGUUUCUCAAUCGCAUUACGUCGUCCAACAGUCGCAUCUUAUUACACCUAAAGUGGGAAAUUGAAGCUGAAAAGUGUUCCAAGCCCAUUCAAUUUUCAAUGGACAUUGCUGUACAAAUUCAAGGUCGAGAUGCUGCUAUAGGACGUUCAAGGCUACGCAAAUUACUUGGCUCGGAUAAACAGUUACCAAAGUGCAGUGCCAUCUUCCUAGUGAAUUUACGCCCACCCAUGACACGACGUCUUUCCCAGCUAUGGAGGCUCAACACCGUAUCCAAAUAUGUCAGAGGAGAAGAAUUUCUUGGAUCAUGGCGACCUCGUGGUGUAUCUCUGGUCAAUGAUUACAAACAUAUUUGUGCACGUAUUCGACGCAAAGAGCAAGUUGAGUUUACACGUCAAUUUUUGUCAUUGAGGCAAACUAUGCUAUCGCGUGACAAGGAACAAGCAUCAUCGUCAUCGUCAUCAGCGGCAGCAGGACGGGUCAACGGUCAUCAUCACAAGGGCGAUGACGAUGUCCUUUCUGAAACUGAGCAAUCUUUGGCCAAGAAAGUCCUGGAUUUAUGGAAGCGUAAAUAUGGCACUGAUAAAGAGAUUGUUAUUAGCCAAGAUCCACCUAUUCCAGGGAUGCCAGACUUUGAAGCACUACAUGAGUCACGAAGCAGUUCCAAAUUACUGGCUGAGGUCAAGCUUGUCACUCAAACUGAUAAUGUAUCUAAGCGUGGAUAUCUUGUGUAUCAAGAAAGCGCUGUUCAUGACAAGUGGAUCAAGCGUUGGUUUGUUGUUCGUCGUCCCUACAUCUAUAUUUAUUCAAAUCAUUCUGAAACCGAUGAGCAAGGUGUCAUCAACGUGUCUUCCGUGCGUAUCGAUUACAAUCGAGCUUUGGAACAAAUGAUAGAGCGGCCCAACGUAUUUGCCCUUUAUACCAACAACAAUGCAUACACCCUGCAGGCUAGCUCCAGAACGGAUAUGAUUGAUUGGAUCUCCAAGGUGGAUCAAAUGUUUCCCAUCGACAAGUUAAAGAACGAUACUCUGUAA